GGGCGGGCAAAGGGUAAAGAAUGGUGCAAGUCAUUUGCCUUUGGACAGCCACUCGUGUUGCCACAACUUUGAGACAUCUGCGCUUGACUUUUUCAGGAUCUAUCAUGCAGUAGCACAGCAAACUUGACAAGGUGAAGUGAAAAAGACGCCGGACCUCUGUUGUGACCGUUCGCGUUCUUCGUCAUGUACAUGUACAGUGAAUUCAAAUUUGCUCCCCGUGAGUGCUCAUUAAAACCAAGAUGUCAUCGUCUACCGACUCCCUCAGCCUGGGCGAAGCGAAAGAGUUCCUUGAGAACACCUUGCAGCUUCAAUCACCUAUGAGCUGGCUGAACGAGGACCGUGGGGGCUUCCUGCUUGACGUCAUCGCCAGCUGUUAUAGGAGGAUUCCCUUCCAGAGUAUGACUGCGAUCGCCACGCCCAAACCAGAGCGACGCAGGUUGACCUUCCCAGAGAUCAAGGUCAACAUGAUGACGCGGCAGGGCGGCAUCUGCUGUGAGAUGAACCGCUUCAUAAAGCUGGUCUUGGAGACGCUGGGAUUCGAGAUUUACCACAUUUCAUGCACCGGCUUUGGAAAACCGAACAAUCAUAUGUCAAACGUGGUCAAAAACCUGAACCGACCGGGCGAUCUUCAUCUGGUAGACAUAGGAACCGGGUUUCCCUUGUCCAAACCCAUCCCUCUGAACUUUGAUAAGGAGUCGCCGAUGUACAAGGAAGGCUCCUUAUUUUAUAAGUUCGUCAAAGACGUAGAUGGCAGCUUCCGGUUGGUGAACAGAAUCUGCCAGAAUUAUAACGAAUGCCCGCCAGAAAGCGUCGUCGAUGACUGGUACACGUUCCUUGAGUUCAACUUGAAGUGUCGGGAAUUCCAGUUUUUCGCGGACAGCAUGGAGAACGUCCAUACAGUGGAGGACGGCCCAAAGGCUUUGGCGCCCUUUUUAAUCAGCUUGAGGGCGGUAGACUUCCGCAACGGAAGGCUCUUCGCCAUCAAGGAUACCACCAUCCUUGAGGAAGACGCCAGCGGUAAGGUGAACAAGAAGCGCAUAUCGUCUCCUCAAGAGUUGCUGGAGGCAUACAAGGUCCACUUUCCUCAGUUUCCUGUAGAGACUGUACAGCAGGCCAUACAGACUGUCCAACUCAAAUUUUAAAGCUUAGUCAUCUGUCAACCGAAUCACCUCAUUGACGUGAGGUCUGCUGUAAAUCACCAAUGCAAACGAUGAUUGUGGAUAGCAGUAAACACUGGAUUUGAUCAGAAAAUCAUAAGUAUAUUUUUUUUUUGUAAUCCAGUAUUUUCCCCGGCAAAUUUGCCGGCCCACGUAACGGUGAAAUACAGUUACGUAGUGUUCUAUCGCUUUUUCUUAGGCGUUUUGGGUUUUUUUUUUCAUUUGUGUUUGACCAUUACGACUACAGCUGGAAGGAAACAGACUUAAACUUUCACAGUCGUGUUUCCUACGGUGGUUCUCUACAAAAUGGAUAAUACAUUGUUUGACAAUUUGGUGUUUCAAGGGAGAUAUGGUGAGAACGCAUAUCGUGACAGUCAGAAAAGUUAUGUAGCUGCCAUAAUGUUUCAAACAACAUUGAAAUUACGCCCUACAAACAUAAAGGGAAUAAGUGUGUGCUUGGCCGGUUUUAAACACUCUGUUUGAGUUCGGUUUGUGUCGAGAUGCUGAAAAUUAUCCAAAUUAUAAAUUUCCAAUGAUUUUGUUCAACAAUUGUACCUCAUGUGUUUCGGGACACCCCUCUAUGGAUGUGAUGGUAAGUCCAGUCUCGCGAGUGUCGCAAACAACUCCAUAUAUGGAGAUUGCCGUGAUGUGACGCACAAAGCAGCUGUGCCUGUGUAAUGUGCAUGAAGAAAUUCAUAAAAUUCUGGCUCACUGUUUGUAUUGCACAUGAAACCAAUAAAACAUUAAAAGGCACCGGAUUUCACAGGAGUCAACAUUUCAUGAGAUACUUGAAAAGUGUUUAACCCUGCGCAGAGUGACAUGUGCACCUUUGGUGCACAGGUGACCGAUUUUUUU